AUGAAGUUCAUCAGCACACUCGCUCUUUCUCUCCUCCCGGCCGCAGUGCUGGCCGCUCCCGCCCCUACGGAGAAGCGCGCCAACGAGGCCAUCACUGAUGAGAUCCUUUUCACCAUCACACUUCCUGCGUUCACCACCCGCCGCAACGCACUCAACCCAUCUUACCUCGACUGGACCAGCGACGGCUGCACAGACUCGCCCGACAACCCCCUGGGCUUCCCCUACGUGCCAGCCUGCAACCGCCACGACUUCGGCUACACCAACUACCGUGCCCAGAGCCGCUUCACCAAGGCUGCCAAGGCAUCAAUCGACACCAACUUCCAGAAGGAUCUCUACUACCAGUGUAAUGUCUACAACAAGUACGUGAGCGUGUGCAAGGCUUUGGCGGACGUUUAUCACGCCGCCGUAGUCGAGUUCGGUGGCUCAGACGCCACCAAGAGGGACGGCUUGUACGAGGAGAAGUUGCAGUACUACAACCAGUUAGUUGCAGACCUCAAGGCCAAGGGCGAACUCCCAGACUACGCAUAG